AAUUCCCCUCGGAGCGAAGGCAGGGAAUUUACCAUCCCGUAUACUUUAGCAUAUAAACGCCAGAAACUGUCAUUUGAACACAGUUGAAAGGAACUUCUCUUACGUUGCGAAGCCUACUAUUAGCUAAAAUGCAGUAUUCCAUUCUUGUCGUUAUAGCAGCUUUGGUGAGCAUGGCUUUAGCUCAAGUGUGGCUCCUACCUGACGGAAGAGAUAAGGACCUAUAUAGCAAUGUCUGGGGAAGGGCACUUCGAAACAGCAAUGGCGUUACAUGGAACAAACCAAUGGGUAACGGCAAUGUCUUCGGCACUUUAGGCAGCAACGACCAAGGGCUAUUUGGCAAGGCAGGUUACCAAGGCACCAUCUUCAAUGACGCCCGAGGCAAGAUGGACGGGCAGGCCUACGGUACCCGAGUACUGAGCCCAGCUGGGGACACCAGCCACUUCGGGGGCAAGCUGAACUGGGCCAAUGACAACGCCAAAGCCUCCGUGGACAUCAGCAAGCAGAUUCAUGGAAAAACCACUGUGGAAGCGAGCGGCGCGGGAGUAUGGAAAGUAGAUAAGAACACGCAGGUGUCAGCUGGAGGCUCCUUGAUCGGCGGCAACGGCAAGCCUGACGUUACUGUCAACGCGCAGAUAGAAAGCAAAUUUUAAAGCCAUGCCAAGUAUUGGCCGACGGACACACACCGGCGGCAAGUCAAACAUCACCGUCAACGCGCAAAUUAUAGAACAGUGUCGACGUCAUAGUCAAUGAGCAGCAAAACGAAAGUUUCAGCUGACGGCGCCGUGUCGUAUGUAGGUACAGUCAACCAAUGUGAUCCAUAAUGAAUCAAUUAGUUUAUCUUCUACGACAGUAUUUAUUGAGUGAUGUAUGGAUGGAUCUAGUAGUUACAGCUACAAGGUUCUAUAGUGGCCCAGGAAUCGAUUUGGUUGACUGUCAGCUUUCGGCUGACGUGUCGCACGCAAGCCGGCGGCACCGCACAAACAGAGCACAAAUUGUAAUAUGCAGCUUCAGUGUGCUAAGAUUUAAAAUGUGCAACUUAAUUUUGUAUCAAGCAGAAACGUCUGCGAUCGAUGCUAUUAAGCUUAUAAAUAAAUUAUAAGUGGAAACAUUCACUGUCUUGGGUGGGACUUGAACCCACGACCAUUGGAUCACUAGUACAGUGCUCUACCAUCUCAAGUUCAAGUAGGUGGGUUUAAGUCCCGUGUGGGUUUAAGUACAGUGAAUUUUUCGACUUUUAAUUUAUUUCUAGGCUUAAUGUGCAACUUGUCUUGCAUAUACGAAUUGUCACCAGACUAGUCCCUGUAGCCAUUUAAAUAUAACUAUCCGAAGUUGUAAUUUUUUUAUGGCCGCAGUGACUAACACUUGUAUGUAUAGUUUUAGCUUUCCUCCUUGUUUUCUCUGUUUAAGAUAAGUUACCAGAAAUGACUGAGACUUAAUAAAUAUAAAUCGAGUUAGAAAAUUCAA